GGCGCCGGCGUCCCGUGGUUAUCAGUCCCCGGGUUGAGUGUUAGGAUGGCGGUAGCGGCUGGAGCUGAGGCCGCGGCCCGGUGCUUGGAGGAAUCUUCGGAUAGCGAGCCGGAGCAGGAGCCUGGAUCUCUGCAGAAACUCAUACGCAAAGUGUCCACCUCAGGCCAGAUCCGCAGCAAGACCAUUAUUAAAGAGGGCAUGCUGAUGAAACAGACAAACUCCUUUCAACGCUGGAAAAAACGGUACUUUAAGCUCAGAGGGAGGACGCUCUACUACGCAAAAACAGCUAAGUCCGUCAUCUUUGAUGAGGUUGACUUAACAGACGCCAGCGUCGCUGAAUCCAGCACAAAAAACGUCAACAACAGCUUCACUAUUAUUACCCCUUGUCGGAAACUGAUUCUGUGCGCAGAGAACCGGAAGGAGAUGGAGGAUUGGAUUGCGGCGCUGAAAAGCGUCCAGAAUCGGGAGCAUUUUGAGUCCACCCAGUACAGCAUGGACCAUUUCUCAGGGAUGCACAACUGGUAUGCUUGUUCACACGCCCGCCCAACCUACUGCAACGUGUGCAGAGAAGCGCUGUCUGGGGUCACCUCGCACGGCCUGUCCUGUGAAGUCUGCAAGUUCAAAGCCCACAAGCGGUGCGCAAUUCGGGCUACAAAUAACUGCAAGUGGACGACCCUCGCCUCCAUCGGGAAGGAUAUCAUUGAGGACGAGGACGGGAUCUCGAUGCCCCACCAGUGGCUCGAGGGGAACCUGCCUGUCAGUGCCAAGUGUACAGUGUGCGACAAGACCUGCGGCAGUGUACUGAGACUGCAGGACUGGCGCUGCCUGUGGUGCAAAGCCAUGAUACAUACUGCAUGUAAGGAGUUACUGUCCAGCAAGUGUCCGCUGGGCCAGUGCAAAGUGUCUGUGAUCCCGCCCACCGCCCUAAACAGCAUUGAUUCUGACGGUUUCUGGAAGGCGUCGUGCCCCCCCUCCUGCACCAGCCCCCUCCUCGUCUUCGUCAACUCGAAGAGCGGAGACAACCAGGGCGUGAAGUUCCUGCGGCGCUUCAAGCAGCUGCUGAACCCCGCCCAGGUCUUCGACCUCAUGAACGGGGGGCCUCACCUGGGCUUGCGUCUCUUCCAGAAGUUUGACACGUUCCGGAUCUUGGUGUGUGGUGGGGACGGCAGUGUUGGCUGGGUCCUCUCUGAGAUUGACACUCUCACCCUGCACAAACAGUGUCAGCUGGGCGUGCUGCCGCUGGGCACAGGGAACGACCUUGCACGGGUGCUGGGCUGGGGCUCGGCCUGCGAUGACGACACGCAGCUGCCACAGAUCCUGGAGAAGCUGGAGAGGGCCAGCACCAAGAUGCUAGACAGGUGGAGCAUCAUGGUGUACGAGACAAAGCUCCCUCGACAGCACUCCUCCUCCACCGUCACAGAGGAUUACAGUGAGGAUUCAGAGGUCCAGCAGAUACUGACAUAUGAGGACUCGGUUGCUGCUCAUUUGUCUAAAAUCCUGACGUCUGACCAGCACUCGGUGGUGAUCUCUUCAGCAAAGGUGCUGUGUGAGACGGUGAAGGACUUUGUGGCUCGCGUGGGGAAGGCGUACGAGAAGACUCCGGAGAGCUCGGAGGAAUCUGCUACCAUGACCAAGAAGUGUGGUGUGCUGAAGGAGAAGCUGGACUCCCUGCUCAAGACUCUGAAUGAGGAGUCUCAGGCCUCGAGCUGCCUGCCCAACCCUCCGCCCACCAUCGCAGAGGAGCAGGAAGAGGGCGAGGGGCUGGGGCUGCAGGAGCCCCCUCUGGAGCGGCAUGCUCCCCCAGCCCCCUGCCCGCCCAGGACCAACCCGGGCAUUUUCAAGCCCCGCGAGCAGCUCAUGCUGAGAGCCAACAGUCUGAAGAAGGCGAUCCGGCAGAUCAUUGAGCACACAGAGAAAGCGGUGGAUGAGCAGAACGCUCAGACUCAGGAGCAGGAGGUGUUCGCUCUGGGGACCUCGUUGGAGGAGGAGGGGAGGAGCGAGGACAAGGUCUCCCUGCAGUCCUCGCACAGCGGAAACAACUCCUGCGUCAAUGCUAAGGGGAGAGGGGCCAAGAAAGUCUCCAAGUCUCCCUGCGAGAAGCUCAUCAGCAAAGGAAGUUUGUCAUUGGGCAGCUCUGCAUCACUUCCUGCACAGACAGGAAACCGGGACAACAUGCCCAUGCUGAGCACCAAAAUUCUGUAUUCAAGCUUGCGUGCCAGUCUGUCUGGUUCCCUCCCUGGCAGCUCUGUAAUUGGCCGCUUGCUGGUUAAUGCCGAUCCCUUUAACUACGAUCCCGAGAGCCACGACUGUUACACAGAAAAAUGUGUGAUGAACAACUACUUUGGAAUUGGACUGGACGCAAAAAUCUCGCUUGACUUCAAUAACAAACGUGACGAACACCCAGAAAAAUGCAGGAGCCGAACAAAAAACAUGAUGUGGUACGGAGUGCUGGGGACCAAAGAGCUCCUCCACAGAACCUACAAGAAUCUGGAGCAGAAGGUGCUGCUGGAGUGCGAUGGGCGCCCCAUUCCUCUGCCCAGUCUUCAGGGCAUUGCUGUGCUCAACAUCCCAAGCUAUGCUGGCGGGACCAACUUCUGGGGUGGCACCAAGGAGGACGAUACCUUCACUGCUCCCUCGUUCGAUGAUAAGAUCCUGGAGGUGGUGGCAGUAUUCGGGAGCAUGCAGAUGGCUGUGUCGCGUGUGAUCAACCUCCAGCACCACCGUAUCGCACAGUGCCGUACGGUGAAGAUCACAGUCCUUGGGGAAGAGGGGGUCCCGGUGCAGGUGGACGGAGAGGCCUGGGUCCAGCCCCCAGGUUACAUCCGGAUCAUACACAAGAACCGCACUCCGACCCUCACCAGGGACAGGGCGUUUGAGAACACUCUGAAAUCCUGGGAGGACAAGCAGAAGUGUGAGUUCCCCCGGCCCUCUGCCCAGCUGGCUCUGCUCCCGGAGAUCGUAUCGGAAGAGGAGGCGUCGCAGAUCAAUCUGUUUGGACAGUCAGCCGGAGCCCUCAUACACAGUAUCCGUGAGAUUGCCCAGUCCCACCAGAGCAUGGAGCAGGAGCUCGCACACGCUGUCAAUGCCAGCUCCAAGUCCAUGGAUGUUGUCUACGCCAAGUCCAAAAACACAGAGGGUCUAAACUGCAGUGUAGUUUUUGAGAUGGUGAACAAUGUGAAAGCACUUCACAACGAGACUGAACUGCUGCUGGCAGGCAAGAUGUGCUUGCUGGACCCCCCUCAAAAGGAGCAGCUCUGCAGCGCUCUGGGAAAUGUGGACUUGCAGCUCCGCAAGCUGACCGACAUAUCCUGGCUGUGCCAACUCGUGGAGCACUCCGAUGAGGAGAGUCACAUGAUGGAGCUGUCCAAGCCCAGCCGCAGCGCUAAAUUCCGCCUGGUGCCCAAAUUCAAGAAAGAGAAAAACAACAAGAACAAGGAGGCCAGCGGCAGCCUGGUCCUGCCAGUUCAUCUCUGGGGCACGGAGGAGGUGGCGAUCUGGCUGGAGCUGCUCAGCCUUUGCGAGUACAAGGAUAUCUUCAUCGGGCACGACAUCCGAGGAGCCGAGCUCCUGCACCUGGAGAGACGAGACCUCAAGGAUUUGGGUGUGACGAAGGUGGGUCAUAUGAAGAGGAUUUUACACGGGAUCAAGGAGCUGAGUCGGAGCGCACCUGUCGGGGAGGGGUAGCCUCCCUUCUCACUGCCUGCAUCUACAAGGGGCCAUGAGACCAGGCACGAUGCAGGGGAGCGGGUCUGUCUGGAUAGCAACUACCCUGCCCAGUGACCACAUGCUGUCCAGAAACCUGGAGCCAUACAUACAGUGCCUGGACAGACCUCUAGAAAAUGGCUGCUAAACAGAAAAACUCAAUCCACUGUGUGGCACUGACCUCCCUAGCCAGUUAUCCAGAACUGUGUCUGGAAAUGGACCAAGUUUGUAUCCACCAUGACAAUCAAGUUUGAGACACGACCACUGUCCGAUCAAUGGUCCCAUCACUUAAAGCCCAAGACGUGGACCAUAGUGCCUUAACUGAUUUACACAGUACCUCAUCAGCCUAGCUAAGAGCAGUCUCAGAUUCACAGAACCAAUCACAGUGCAGUACAGGGUGCCUGUGUAGAUCUGGGUAGAACUAAAGAAGGAUGUAAUCGCAGUGUACGGUAGAAUAAUUAUAGUAAAAAUCACUGCCACAUAUCCCUGUCCAGUCAGCAUUGUUAGUAUCUCGACUUACACACACAUACCAUCAUUGGAAUCACUAGGUCUCUACCUGAAGCCAAAGGUAGACAUAUAGUAAGAGUUGUCUUCUAGUACAUGAAAUCAUCGGAUGGAAACACUCAAGGAACUGUAGUAAAUGCCUCGACACAGAAUUGAGGAUCUGUGAUUUAAUGAGGCAAAUACGCUAUAGAAGAGAAAAUAAACUGUCCACGACAGUUGAUUAUGUUUGUUUUCUUUGUGGUUGUGUUGCUUGUUUUGUCAUGGACAGCCCCAUGAUAGCGAUUGUCUGUCUAUAUCAUAGAAAGGGUUAAAGGUUAGUCCAUGUCAUUAGAAAGGGACCACAAACCGAGGAACUCGCCUGUGUUUGUUUACUUUAUGGCUGUUGCCAUAGGGACCAAAUCAAAUUGAUGACUUUGAACCCUUGUUGGUGGCGCCAGUAUUUUCACUUCAACAGCCAAUCACAAUAUUUGAAUAUCUUAUGAAACUACAUUUAAAAAAUUGUUUCAUAAAGGAAAAUGUUAAUAUGUUGUCAAAUUUCUUUCUAUUAAUUAUUUAUUAUAAAAUGGCAUGGACAAACCAAUGACUCAUUGGCUGAAAAGCAAUUCAACCCAAUGCAAUUGUCUAAACUACACAGGUGUAGUUCUUGUUGACCUCCUCACACGAAUAUAUUAUUUUAACAUGUCUUAUAAUAUAGGCACAAUAACACACUUUGAAGAUGUUCUGUUAUACUAAGAAUCCACUUCACAGGAGGUAAAAGGUAGUCUCGCAGUGUACUUGAGGUGUGGCGAGUCUUACUACAAAUGACCAUCUUCUAGUGUGGUGAUGCUUGCCAGCCCAUAAACCAGUGAUGCCUUGGCUAUAUUCCUAAAUAUAAUGGCCACAUUCACCCCCCCAUCCUUGAUUACUAGACAGUCAUUAAGAGGAGUUUCAAACAACUCUGACAUUAAUCUGGAUCAUUUCAAGUACCUGUUACAAAUACACUGCCAAAUACUGAAUUUAACAUUCCUAUUUGCUAGAUACUUCUCAUGACUACCUACAAACCAGGAAACCAAUACUGCAUUCUAAGCCAAUCAAAAUGAGGCGGUCAUUGUAUGGAAUCUAACAAAAUCAUGCACCUACUUUAUGGAACUGUCAUAUGUUUGAUUCAACUCCCUAUUUUUAAAGAACUGUGGGAGAGCUCACUGCACUGCAGAACAAUUGCCUGAAUUGCACCCUCCUUGUGUAAAUGUGUUGAACAAAUCGUUUAUAUUUCAGGUUUAUGCAGAACGCAAGCUGAUUGAGAGCUUUUUAAUUGUGCCAAAGGCUCUAAGCAAACCCAGGGUUAACUUCCAGAAAGUCUUAACAAUAGCAGAUCAUCAGAAUGUGUUCUUUACUGUCUGAAAAAGAGAAGGUGGCUGCUACAAACAAGUUCAAUAUGAAAUAUGGAAAGCACUGUGGACAACUAGCACAUCAAGCCUUGGCGGUAAAAAGCAAACCGCCUAUUACCUUUUUGUUGGUGAAAUUCUUUGUAGCUGGACUGUUAUCAAGUGCAAAAAAAUAAAAUAAAAACAUACAUGAAGGAAAGUUUGGGAACUUGAUCCCAAAAUACACCUUGUAUAGGUGAAUGUAAAAGCCUCUCAUCAACUUCAGCUGACACGUUUCAGUACUGCGUUUCAAUAUCUCGCAGAGGGGCACAAUUAAGUGUUAAACUAUAUAUGUAUGUAAGUGUAUUAAUGUUGUUUUUAAAUUAAGUGUUCAGUAAGUCUGUAUGGAAUUGUAUGAAGCAGGUUUCUUGACACCCUGUGUUGAUGUCCUGAGUAAAUCAUCAAUCACUUUAAACAGUCAUAAAAUCUACUUGAGUAAGAAAUUGAGACCUGCAGAUGUCCUUAAUGUAUGCCUAAUAGCUAGCUAGGUGCUCACUGCUUUCAGGCAUAACUGGAGAUUUGGUUCAUUUCAGAGAUACAAAUAAUUCCCAUUUGCCUUGCAAACCAUUUUCCCAUUGCAAUGAUCACUUCAGUAAUAUUAUUACAUUUUUGAAAACCUCACUGCUCCCAGACCACAUAUCCCCAAAUUUAAUUGAUGCAGUAGAGCUCACUAUACCAGUACACACACCAGGUUAAUAAGUGACUGGCAGUUCACCCUUGGCUUUAGGAUUGGGGACCAUCUAUUUUAUCUAUAGAGCUAUAUACUGUUAGGUCAGGGUUUUGGUCUAGGUUAAUACCAGAUAUGCACAGUACAACUGCUAACGGCAAUGUUUGGUAUUACAGGAAUAAGUACAAUCGGACUUUUCUGAUUAAGGUAGUUCAUGCAAGUUACCUUUAGGGUGCAUGUGAUGGUGCAAGUCAGUAGUCGAGUACUGUAGUUUCACUGAGUUUGGGGCCGUGGUAGGUGCUGUAGUCCAGAAAUUGUAUCCCUGUUUUAACCAGUUCCCCUGUUUAAUUGUGUACCAUUUAGUUUGAUGUACUCAGCCUGUUUGAUGUAUACUGGAAAAACAAUAGACAUGUUGAGAAAUUUUUGUCCUGGGGAGAAGCAGCACAACAGUGCUCUGUACUGGGUUUUGUUCCCAGUGUCGUCUUGUGAUACUUAUUUUUAUGUAAUGCACUGUUUUAUACCAUGUGAAGCAUUUAGCUGUGAAGCUUUUUUUUUUUUUUUGGAUGUGACAAAGACUAAAAGUUGUUGCCUUUCACAGUGGCCACAUAUCCCUCAUUUGAGGGUUGUGUGCUACUCUUACUUUAUCCCAGCCGAAAGGGCAGUGGAGGGAUGCAGUGACUGCACAAAAUAGAUACAGGUGGAGCCUGUGACAUGCUGAAGCAUUCCCAUUACUUUAGAUAGUUUGGGUGAAAUUCAGUGCAGGAUUAAGAAGGACAAAUGUGCUCGGAUAUUACUGCAUGAGGGCAGGACAUGCAUAUUAUUGAACAUGCCAUUGAAACACAUUACAGUGGUGGGCUGCUGUCAUGCCGCCUUUAAGAACACUUGGUCUGAAGUAGCACAGUUAUCUUAAUGUAAUGGCCUUAAAAUAGCUCUGAAAUGUGUUCUCUCCAAGUUCACCUGUACACCAAAGUGUAACCACCAUUGAGUCCCUUUCUCCAGCAUUAGCAGCGAAACCUGCAGACAUUACCGAAUGCUGUGUUUCUGCGUCAGCUAAGCACCAGGCCUGUUUGUGUUUUUUCCUUUCUUGCCAUUUGAUUCACAUUUUUUAGAACCUGAAGAAAAUGUAGAAGCUAUUUGAACAGAUUAUUUUCUGAGGUGAAUUUAGGGAUCAUUCACUCACCAUUGAAAUACAUUCUUCAUUAUGUUAGUGUUACUUGCUCCAUUAUCUGUGAAAUUACCGUAUUACACUUUCAAAGUGAGUCCAGGCAGCUGUAUGUGGUCAAAAUACGAUCCUUUGUAAUUAUCAGAAUACCUCGUCCCCACAAAUGUAAGUGUACUGUAAGGUUCUGUCUUACUAUAUGUAACUGGCUCAAGAUGAAACUCGGAAGUGGUUUUGUGAUGACAAGAUCCUAAUCCAUGUGUGUCUAUGUUAAUGCAACAACAGUAUACCUGCAAUGUGCAGGAAUCGUCGAUUUGCAAUUCUGGGUAUUAACAGCCCUGCAGGAAACUCUGCCAGGUGUCUGAGGUUUAGUUUCAACACCAUUUGGUUUUGUAACUGAAGAAUAUCAUCUGAAAAUCUUAUUGCUGUAUCAGCUUUGGAAAUACAGCUAUGAUGUGAGGGUAGCACUGAAUUAUCUAAUAGUUACUAUUAGAUAAUUAGAUAAUAGACUGCACCAUGUUAAUCAGACCAGUGCUGAGAUGACACUAUCAGGUUGUGGGCAAGACAAGAAACAAUAAGGGCAUGCAUACUAAACUACUUGGGGGAAGGGGUUACUAUGAUGACAAACUUAUAUUAAAAUGAAUACAUAAAGCUUACAGGUACAUAACAAAUAAGAGAAAUUUGUGAUGGAUGUUAUCCCAGCUACGUUGGUAUUGACUGGAUAGCCUUUAUAAAAUGGUUUUUAAAAUAGUAGUAGUUACAUCCUCAGGAAAUAAGUUUUGUGUAUGUAAAGACUUCAUAUCUGGCUAUUUUUCCCUUCAGUCUGUAAUGAUUUGCUUUUCUCUGUACAGUGCAGGCCACAGUCUGCACUUUAAGGACCAGCCGCUUACCAGGGGGAUUCCACACAGCAGGAAAGGGUUAAUGGGAGCAGUUCAUUUUACAUAUCAUAUGGGGAAGCUUGCACAAGACUGUGGCCCCUGGCCCAGUGUCUGGGGCCCUGUUCUCACAGUUUCCGUUGUGUAUUUAUUGUUUAAUUUAUAGUAAUGUUGUCUGCUAUUCAAUUCAUAUGCUCCUUUCUUUCUCCUGUGUACAUAGUCCCAUCUGGGGUGUGUAAAUACAUUGUUCUUGUACAGAAAGCACCAAUCUUCCAGUAAACAUGUUUGUUUUCAGUUA